UCUUUCAAAAUCUGGGUUGUUUUUGUCAAGUGGUCUUCUUUCCGCUGGGAUCUCAUUGCUGAAACUCGGGGAAAAUUAAUUAGGAAGGUCAAAGUGACAACUAUGGCAGAUUCUCCCUUUAGAUCUACACCAAGUUCAAAACGUCGAGAUAUGUACAAGAAGACAACUCCAUCCUGGAAAGAUGCCUAUAGAAAGAGAUGCUUUGACAGGCUGCGAGGGAGCAGGGAGAGUCUCCUCCAGAGGUUCAGAGGUACCUCGCCCAGUUCUUCACAGUCUACCGCGAGCCCGUCGUCCAGGAUCGGGAGUAGUCCCGGCAGUCCCAGUCUGAUGGUCACACGGGUCAUGGAGGAGGAAUGGAGGCUCCUGACAAGGGAGGAUCCAUCUUUUGCACUCAUAGAAGAUGAAUUGGACCUGAGGGAGGAGCUCCAAGAAGAACUCAUGAAAGAAGAAAUGAGCAUCAUAUCCGAGUACGAAACUAGCCUGAGGUUGGAGGAAGAACAGUUACAAGAUACUGUCAACCAUUUCACUGAAGGCUCUGUCGUAUGCCCUCUCUGCCAAAGAAACUGGUUGCUCAUGAAUAAGGGUAUCGUCUUCUGUUCCUGUGGGUUGAGAAUUGACACAGCUCAAGAUGGUCUGAAUCUCGAGAACAUUGGUCAGACUCUUGAGCUAGGGGUCAGUCAACACAGCAUCCUCUGUCCAGUAACGCCUGUCUUUGCUCUGUUGGAACUGGAGAGACUACAGAACCUUGUCAUGUCAUGUGAGACAUGCGGAUUCCUGCAUAUUGUGAUAUAGCAUAGCAUCCUGGCGAGGGGGAUGGACAAGACAACCGUCUGCAGCUAGUAUUACAUCUGCUGAGAGCAAGAAGGGCAUUAAAUGGGAUCAUUUAAUACAGCCUUAAAGGUAUAGACCAGUUUUGAAAACGCCCCCUCUCAAAAAUGAAAUGGA